AUGGGAGUCAACUUGGGUGACAUGAAACCAUCAUCCCGCUCCCUCACGGGAUUCAACAGAGCUUCCGAGAUGAUGAUCGGGACAAUCAAACUCCCAGUCUAUGCAUGCGGUGUGACACGCACAGUCAAGUUCUCCGUCAUCCGAACAAAGGCUCCUUAUAAUGCAAUCCUCGGGACCCCCUGGUUACAUUCGGUCAAGGCAGUAUCCUCGACGUACCAUCAGUGCGUGAAGUUUCCAGGACUGAACAGCCAGGUGCAGACACUUCGCGGAGACCAGCAUGCUGCUCGUGAUCUACUAAUUGCAACGGUAAAGAUGCAACAAUCGACUCCCCGCAUCAAUACAGUAGCAAUGCAAAUCCAACCUCAAAGGGACGAGAUCCUAGAAGUCGCGAUAGACGACGCCGACAAAAGCAAAGCAGUCCGAGUCGGCGCCUUCCUCUCCGAAGAGAUGCAACAGGCAAUCGUCGACUUCCUGAGGAAGAACGCAUCAACAUUCGCUUGGACGACAUCGGAUAUGAAAGGAAUAAAUCCCGCCAUCACGUCCCACGAGUUGAAUAUCGAUCCAACCAUCAAGCCAGUCCACCAGAAGAGACGCAAGCUCGGCCACGACCGCAGCAAAACUGUCAACGAAGAAGUCGAGCGACUCCUCGCAGCUGGUUUUAUCACUGAAGUGCGAUACCCCGAAUGGUUGGCUAACCCGGUCGUCGUCAAGAAGAAGAAUGGGAAGUGGCGCGUCUGCGUCGAAUUUACUGAUCUAAACAAGGCUUGCCCCAAAGACAGUUACCCGCUUCCGCAUAUCGACAGACGAGUCGAGUCGACUGCUGGAAAUGAGCUCCUAACCUUCAUGGACGCAUUCUCAGGCUACAAUCAGAUCAUGAUGCAUCCGGAUGAUCGGGAGAAGACAGCGUUCAUCACUGAUAGAUGGACGUACUGCUACAAAGUGAUGCCGUUUGGUCUUAAGAACGCCGGCGCGACUUACCAAAAACUCGUCAAUCGAAUGUUCGCCGACAAACUGGGGAAUACGAUGGAGGUCUACAUCGACGACAUGCUAGUAAAGUCACUCCGCGCGACGGACCAUUUGAACCAUCCAAAAGAGUACUUUAAAACGCUGAACGAAUACGGAAUGAAACUCAAUCCGGCCAAAUGCACCUUCAGCGUCACCUCAGGAGAAUUAUUGGGAUACAUCGUCACCCAGCGAGGAAUCGAGGCGAAUCCUAAGCAGAUCACCGCCAUACUAGACCUCCCUAGUCCAAAGAAUAGCAGAGAGGUCCAACGACUCACGGGGAGGAUCGCGGCGCUGAACCGCUUCAUCUCCAGGUCCACAGAUAAUUGCCUCCCUUUUUACGAGCUACUGCGCGGAAACAAACGUUUCGUCUGGGACAAGAAGUGCGAGGAGGCGUUCGAACAACUCAAACAGUAUCUUACGAUUCCUCCCGUUUUAUCGAAACUAGAAGGCGGUGAUACACUCUCUCUUUAUAUCGCAGUAUCCUCCACCGCGGUCAGCAGCGUCCUUAUCCGAGAAGAUCGAGGAGAGCAGAAGCCCAUCUUCUACACGAGUAAGCGGAUGACCGAUCCAGAAACACGAUACCCCACCCUCGAGAAGAUGGCUCUUGUAGUUAUUACGUCAGCGAGGAAGCUGAUAUCCUUACUUCCAAUCGCACACGAUCGAAGUACUAACGAAUCAACCGCUACGCACACAGCAAAAUCCCAAGUCCUCGCUGACUUCCUGAUCAAGCUCGCACCAGAGCUAGAGCCAGACCUAAUUCUUCCAAGUCAGAAUUGGAUACUUCACGUCGACAGAUCGUCAACAAACAAAGGAUCAGGAGCAGGAGUCCAACUGCAGUCUCCAACAGGCGAGCUAAUCGGACAGUCGUUCAGUUUCGACUUAACCGCUUCAAACAAUGAAGCGGAAUACGAGUCAUUGAUCGCAGGACUACGACUCGCUAAGGCAGUCAAAGCAAAACGCCUCAGUGCAUACUGCGACUCACAACUAGUUACCAGUCAGUUUAGCGGCGACUACGAUGCUCGUAACGAACGAAUGGACGCGUACCUUAAAGUCGUUCAAACACUCGCUAGGGACUUCGAAUUCUUCGAACUCACCAAAGUCCCCAGAGGAGAGAACGUGUGCGCCGAUGCCCUCGCUGCCUUGGGUAGCAGGCUGCACGAUCAGGUGAAACGGACCAUUCCCAUCCACAAGAUCGACAAGCCAAGAAUCGAGCUCCCGCCUAGCGAAGUGACCGUCGUAGCACCCAUAACCGAAGCCAUCCCCAUGGACUAUGACCCUGCAACGGAACAAAUUGAAGCUACCGACUGGAGGACAGAAUUCAUCAACUAUCUGGUCGACGGAAGUUUACCCCCCGAGAAAUGGAUUGCAAGACGGCUCAUGACAAGGAGUGCCCACUACGUCGUCUUGGAUGGAGAACUCCAUCGAUGGACCGCAACCAAGGUGCUUCUAAAGUGCAUCAACGGCGAGGAGACGCACCUUGUCAUGGCCGAAACGCAUGAAGGCGCCGCGGGAAACCACUCCAGAGGUCGAGCACUACGUUAA